AUGGCUGAUACCGCAGAGAAGAAAGGGGAGAAGUAUGUGCUUGUCAAAGCAGAUGGUGAUGAGGGAACUCCCGAGGCUUCUAACAAUGAGACGGGUUCUAAGGCUGGAGAUGAUUGUCCUGAUAUCAUUUACAAAGUCCAAUACAAGGAUUUCGCGGGCGAGAUCAAGGGAACGAAAGUUCUAGAUGCGCCAUAUAAACUCAAAAAGACAACAUAUGCAAAUGGCGGAACUCCAAUUCUUGAAGUCCUCUACAGCGUCGCAGUCUGGUUCCCCAGCAUCUACAAGCGCGGAGUCGGAAGCAAGAAGAACGUCCUCGAGGAAGCGGAAAACAACAACAAAGAAGAAGGCGGCAACAGUUUUGAUGAAAAGUCGAUGGAAGAAAAAGAAUUGAUCAUUCAUUCGGAGCCAAUCAUCAAGGCUCUGAGAGCGAUUGUCGAUUACUACCCAGGUCAAUCGUUGCUUGGAAACACCAUUACCAUCAAAGAGCCUUUCAGUAUCUUGGUGCAUCAUCGAGAGGAGCUUGAAGCGUAUAAACAGGAAUGCGAUGAUGCGGAGACGUUUCAUCAUAUCAGCGUUUUGCAGAAGUACCUCGAGGAUAAUCUUGGAGACAAGAUUCUCGAAGAGGAUGCACGAUAUAUCAAACCUACACCCGUUGCAACUUUCGAGAUGCUCUGGAUGUUGUUCAAGCCUGGUAUGGAUGUGUAUGCCAACAUUGAUGACCAACGUGGUGGGUUCGUGGUGCAAUCCUGCACCCCUUUCAGUACCCCAAAUUUCAGCCAGGUCAGUGCUAUGAAAAUCACGAUGUGGUAUCUUGAUUUCAAUGGUACGCAUGUUGGUCGGAGGAAGAUGGAGGUGCAAAUUGCUCCGUUCGAGGGAGAGCGGGAAAUUACAUCUUUGAAAGUGUUCCCGGCGAAGUUUAUUGAUAAUAGUCCGGAUCUGUCACCAAGGAAGAAACUUGAGGAGCGGGGUGAGAAGUUUUAUAAAUUGUUGAUGGGGAAGCAGAUGGAUUAUAAGGGAUAUUCUAUGACUGUCAAGGAGAAGCCGAAGAGAUGGUAUGAGGGUCGUGUUGUUGUUGACCAAGGUUCUUUCUAUACAUACGCAGACUGGUCCGACGUAUCCAAACACCCCGCCCCCAUGUUCGACGUCGACGACGACAACACCGGCAUCCUCGCCGACCUCCACUACGACUGCGACUGCGACGAAUGCAACGAAAAGCGCAAAGCCGCCAGCGUAAACACCAAAUGGGGCUCUUACGAAAACAUCGACCCACGGGAAACCCCCGACCUCUCAACAGACAAAGACGGCAACCCAACCAAACACCGCUACUUCCUCUUCCCUCGCCGCAUCAUGGGAUUCGACCUCAAAUCCAAAAAAUGGCAAGCCCUCGACGUAGAUUUCUGCCGGGACCCAAAGAUCAAAACGGAGGCGAUCCAGAAUCUGGUCUUGCCGAGCGAUAAACAGGAGCUGAUCAAGGCGUUGGUGCAUAAAUACAGUUCGUCACGGAACAAGAAAAACACGAAGGCGGAGAGCACGUGGUCCGCGGAUCCGAUCCCGAAUAAAGGGGAGGGGCAGAUAUUUCUGCUUCAUGGGCCGCCUGGGGCCGGGAAGACGUUCACGGCGGAGUGCGUGGCGGAGUUUACGUCGCGGCCGUUGUUGAGUCUGACGUGUGGGGAUAUUGGGACGGAUGAGGCAAGCGUGGAGGAGUCGUUGAGUAAAUGGUUUAAGCUGGCGGAGAUCUGGGGCGCGGUUAUGUUGAUUGAUGAGGCGGAUGUGUAUCUGGAGCGACGAGAGGUCAAUGAGCUCACGCGGAAUGGGCUGGUCAGCGUGUUUCUGCGUGCUAUGGAGUAUUAUCGUGGGAUUCUGUUUUUGACGACAAAUCGGGUGGGCCAUUUCGAUCCUGCGUUCUUCAGUCGUAUACAUGUGUACAUCGGCUACAAACCUCUCGAUUCUGAAGGCCGGAAGAGGAUCUGGCUGCAAUUCUUCAAGAAACUGGAGAGUGAGCGGGGAGACGAGGUUAACGUCAAGGCUGGCGCGAAACGAUACGUGCUUUCCGACGACGUGCUCAAGGACAUCGAGUGGAAUGGGCGAGAGAUCCGGAAUGCGUUUCAGACGGCCGUGGCGUUGGCAGAGUACGAGGCCAUGCAGAAGAUGUCGAAAUUGGGGCUUGGGGAGGAGGAGGAAGAGAAAAAGGCGUUGGAGAUUGAGUUGAGACAGGAUCAUUUUGAGAAGGUGGUUGAGAUGAGUGAUAAUUUCAAGAAGUAUCUUGCGACGGUUGGGGAGGAGAAUAAGGGGGAUAGAGGGGAUGAUUCGUUGUUGUAA